AUGAGCGGUCAGAAUAUUCGUCAAGUGGACGGACUGCUGAUGCACAUUCAUGAUCCAUCAAAAGGACCUGUACUGCCCAAGGACGGUGAAAGAAACGUUCUUAUCACUUCGGCCUUACCAUAUGUCAACAAUGUCCCUCAUUUAGGUAACAUCAUUGGGUCAACCCUCUCGGCAGACGUCUUCGCUCGUUAUUCUAGGACAUUAAAUGUUCCCACUCUAUAUGUUUGUGGAACGGACGAGUAUGGUACUGCCACCGAAACCAAAGCAUUGGAAGAAGGUGUUACACCUUUAGAACUUUGUACCAAGUUCCAUGCGCUUCAUACGGAAAUAUACAAAUGGUUCGAGCUCAGUUUUGACAAAUGGGGAAGAACUUCUACUCCCGAACAUACCAAAAUUACGCAACAAGUCUACCUUGAUCUCCACAAAAACGGCUUGUUCCAAUUGGAGACUUCCGAUCAAACUUAUUGUGAAGACGAUAAACUUUUCUUGGCUGAUCGAUUUGUAGAAGGUAUAUGUCCUCAGUGUCAAUAUGAUGAUGCAAGAGGAGAUCAAUGUGAUAAAUGUGGUCUCACUUAUUCUUCCCCCACAGAAUUGAUAAAUCCAAGAUGUAAACGAAACAAGACACAUAAGGUUUCAGUCAGACCUUCAACGCACGCAUGUAUGAGAUUAGAUUUGUUACAACCUAAAUUAGAAGAUUGGAUGCAAAAAGCCAGAGUGAAAGGUAGAUGGGGAAGUAACGCUGUUAUCACUGAUAAGGGAGAAAUUGUGGAACCAAGAAUGUUGGGUGGAGGAUUACGACCAAGUGCAGUAACUAGAGAUUUGAAAUGGGGUGUCGAAGUUCCUAUAACCGGUGAUGAAAAGGAAGAUAAAGCGUUGGAAGGGAAAGUCAUCUAUGUUUGGUUCGAUGCUCCUGUCGGUUAUCCUUCGAUCACAGCUACCUACACUGAUGAAUGGGAGAAAUGGUGGAAGAACCCUGACAAUGUCGAGCUUUAUCAAUUCAUGGGCAAAGAUAACGUAUACUUCCACACCGUUCUUUUCCCGGCUAUGUUGAUCGGUACCGGUCAACCUUGGACUAUGUUACACGAUAUCUCCAGUACUCAGUACUUAAAUUACGAGGACACAAAAUUCAGUAAAAGUAGGAAUAUCGGUGUCUUCGGUAACAAUGCUCGAGAAACUGGUCAACCUCCAUCGGUAUGGCGAUACUAUCUCCUUUCUCAACGACCGGAAAACAGUGAUUCGUCAUUCUUGUGGUCUAAUUUCAUCGCCGCUAACAACAACGAACUGUUGGCAAACUUGGGUAACUUUGUGAACCGAGUCGUCAAAUUUGUUAAUGCCAAAUACGAUUCAACGGUUCCGGGACCAGCAGGCUUUGAAGGUGGAGAUGUUGUAGCAGAAUCUAAUCCAUCCACAUCGGCAACUCAGCUUGACGCCGACUUUGUAAAAGACAUCAACACUCGAUUGAAGGAGUACCGUGAAUCCAUGGAUGACACCAAAUUGCGUAAUGGCCUUGCUACUGCCAUGUCCUUGUCUUCAAGAGGUAAUCAAUAUCUUCAAGAUAAUUCGCUGGAUAAUGCUUUAUUGGCCAAUCAACCUGAACGAUGUGGACAAGUCUUACUCAAUGCUAUCAAUUUGAUAUACCUUCUCUCAGUUGUCUUCCAUCCAUUCAUGCCUACCACUUCAGAAGGUAUUUUACGACAACUCAAUGCACCCGCUCGAUCACUCCCUGCCCAAUUCUCAAUCGAUGUCUUACCUGGACAUAAAUUGGGCAAAGCCGAAUACUUGUUCAAGAAGAUUGAAAAUGUGGAUGGAGCACAAGAGAAAGCUUGGCAAAAGCAAUUCGGAGGUGAUUCAGUGGUAGCUGAUCAAGUGACACCUUCUGGACCUGGAGGACAUCCUGAAGGUGGCAAAGUACCUAAAGUGAAAGACAUCGGAGAUAAAGAUAAGAAAGCUGCUCAUUUGGCCAAACAAGCUCAAAUUGUAAAAGAAAAGAAAGCAGCUGCUAAAGAAGCUGAGAAGAAUAAAACUCAAGAAGAGAAAGAUCUGGAAAGUAAAGUUGAAUCUCAAGGUAAAGUGGUCGCUGCUAUCAAGCAAGGUAAAGCCCAAGGUAAUGCAGAUGAGGAAUUAGCAAAAGCUAAAGAAUACAAAAACGCUUUGGCGGAAUUGAGAAAGAAAUUGAAGGAAGCUUCUAUCUCAAAGUAA